GAGCUAUUUUCUACCAUUUUGCAUUUCAGAGAAAAAGGAGAAUGUCGACUUUGAUCUGUCCUCCGGUUCUCACUUCUCCCAGAGAUGAUGCCGCUAAUCUUCUCCAAGCUUUCAAGGCAGGAUUUGGAUGUGAUACUGGUACAGUGAUCAAUAUUCUUGCACAUCGAGAUGCAACACAGCGUGCUCUAAUUCAACAGGAGUUUAGAAUAUUAACAAAGGAUAAAGAUGACCUUAGCAAACGUCUGAAAGAUGAGCUUACAGGAAACCUAGAGACUGCUGUUUUGCUAUGGAUGCAUGAUCCUGCUGAACGUGAUGCUUUCAUCCUCAGGGAGGCAUUUCUGAGAAGCAGUCUUGGAACUGCAACUGAAAUAAUUUGUUCACGCACCCCUUCUCAGAUUCAAUUGAUUAAACAGAACUACCAUAAAAAGUUUGGGAUUUAUCUAGAGCAUGAUAUUGAAGCAGCCACUGCUGAUGAUCAUAAAAAGCUGUUACUUGCAUAUGUGAGCAUUCCCCGUUAUGAAGGUCCAGAAGUUGACAGAGAGAUGGCAAUGAAGGAUGCAAAAGCCCUCUAUAAAGCGGGGGAAAAGAAAUUGGGAACUGAUGAGAAGACUUUUAUCCAAAUAUUCAGCGAAAGAAGUAGGGCACAGCUAGUAGCCAUCAGUUCUGCUUAUCAUGAAGUGUAUGAUCGCACACUGAAAAAGGCUGUGAAGAAGGAAACAUCAGGAAAGUUUGAGGAAGCUCUCUUGACUAUUUUAGUAUGUUCAGAGAAUCCUGCAAAGUACUUUGCAAAGUUGUUGCACAAGGCAAUGAAAGGUCUGGGAACAGAUGACUCUACACUUAUAAGGAUAAUCGUGACGAGGACUGAGAUUGAUAUGCAGUAUAUAAAGGCUGAGUACCUUAAGAAAUACAAAAGGACACUGAAUGAUGCAGUUCAUUCAGAAACAUCAGGCAAUUACAGGACUUUUCUGCUUUCUCUUCUUGGUCCCAACUGUUAAGCCAAAACAAUGAUGGGAGACCUGGUUGUUAAAGUUGUAGUGUAGAACAAUUAAGCCGUAAAGCCUUUAUGUAUAAAUAGUAUUCAGGGAUGUAGUUCCUUGCCAUGCGUGAUGCUUUUGUUGAUCAUAUGUAGGAUUGGAUGAGACCUUUGCUACGUGUGGUGUCAUUUAUUUUAGAAUGUGAGCUCACAGACACAGGAAACUGAACUGAGAUGCCUGUCUUUAGAUCUAUCAUGUUUGUAUGUAUUGCAUUUCCCUUGGUGGUGAUUCUGAAAAUCUAUUCUUUGCUGUUUCUACAUCUUCCAAUUUAGUUGUCCUCUUGAGUAUGUCUGAUUCAGCUGUGUUUUCUCUUAUGUCAACAAUGUUAUCAGAUUUAUCUUCGUUUUUGGCAACUGGAGUGGAUCAAAAUAAAGCAGAUAUUGAAGA